AGGUUGGAAGCUCAUAGUUGCUACUGUCGCCCAAGACUUCAACGCACUAUUUUUAGUACUGUAACUAUUAGCUCUGGAAACAUUCUUGCCAGCAGUGGCGGCAGCGGGAAUCAGUUACCCUCUGGUUCUCUCAAGAAGCUCCAGAUGGCGUCUUCCGUGGGCAACGUGGCCGACAGCACAGAACCAACGAAACGUAUGCUUUCCUUCCAAGGGUUAGCUGAGUUGGCACAUCGAGAAUAUCAGGCAGGAGAUUUUGAGGCAGCUGAGAGACACUGCAUGCAGCUCUGGAGACAAGAGCCAGACAAUACUGGUGUGCUUUUAUUACUUUCAUCUAUACACUUCCAGUGUCGAAGGCUGGACAGGUCUGCUCACUUUAGCACUUUGGCAAUUAAACAGAAUCCUCUUCUGGCUGAAGCCUAUUCAAAUUUGGGAAAUGUAUACAAGGAAAGAGGGCAGUUGCAGGAAGCAAUUGAACAUUACCGGCAUGCGUUGCGUCUCAAACCAGAUUUCAUUGAUGGUUAUAUUAACCUGGCAGCUGCAUUGGUAGCAGCAGGGGACAUGGAAGGAGCAGUGCAAGCUUACGUCUCUGCUCUUCAGUACAAUCCUGAUUUGUACUGUGUUCGCAGUGACCUGGGGAACCUGCUCAAAGCCCUGGGUCGCUUGGAAGAAGCCAAGGCAUGUUAUUUGAAAGCAAUUGAGACGCAACCGAACUUUGCAGUAGCUUGGAGUAAUCUUGGCUGUGUUUUCAAUGCACAAGGGGAGAUUUGGCUUGCAAUUCAUCACUUUGAAAAGGCUGUUACCCUUGACCCCAAUUUUCUGGAUGCUUACAUCAAUUUAGGAAAUGUCUUAAAAGAGGCACGGAUUUUUGACAGAGCUGUGGCAGCUUACCUUCGUGCUCUUAGCCUGAGUCCAAACCAUGCAGUGGUACAUGGCAACCUGGCUUGUGUAUACUAUGAGCAAGGCCUGAUAGAUCUGGCAAUAGACACCUACAGGCGAGCGAUUGAAUUGCAACCACAUUUCCCUGAUGCUUACUGCAACCUAGCCAAUGCUCUCAAAGAGAAGGGCAGUGUUGCCGAAGCAGAAGAUUGUUAUAAUACAGCUCUUCGACUGUGUCCCACCCACGCAGAUUCUCUGAAUAACCUAGCCAAUAUCAAACGAGAACAGGGAAACAUUGAAGAAGCAGUUCGCUUGUAUCGUAAAGCAUUAGAAGUAUUCCCAGAAUUUGCUGCUGCCCAUUCAAAUUUAGCAAGUGUACUCCAGCAGCAAGGAAAACUACAGGAAGCUCUGAUGCAUUAUAAGGAGGCUAUUCGAAUCAGUCCUACCUUUGCUGAUGCCUACUCAAAUAUGGGAAAUACUCUAAAAGAGAUGCAGGACGUUCAGGGAGCCUUGCAAUGUUAUACUCGAGCCAUUCAGAUUAACCCAGCAUUUGCUGAUGCUCACAGUAAUCUGGCUUCUAUUCACAAGGAUUCAGGGAAUAUUCCAGAAGCAAUAGCUUCUUAUCGUACUGCUCUGAAGCUUAAACCUGAUUUUCCUGAUGCUUAUUGUAAUUUGGCUCAUUGCCUGCAGAUUGUCUGUGAUUGGACAGAUUAUGAUGAGCGAAUGAAGAAGUUAGUCAGUAUUGUGGCUGACCAGUUAGAGAAGAAUAGAUUACCUUCUGUACAUCCACAUCAUAGUAUGCUAUAUCCUCUUUCACAUGGCUUCAGGAAGGCUAUUGCUGAGAGACAUGGAAACCUCUGCUUGGAUAAGAUUAAUGUUCUUCAUAAACCCCCGUAUGACCAUCCAAAGGACUUGAAGCUGAGUGAUGGUAGACUUCGAGUAGGAUAUGUGAGUUCUGACUUUGGGAAUCAUCCUACUUCUCACCUUAUGCAGUCUAUUCCAGGCAUGCACAAUCCUGAUAAAUUUGAGGUUUUUUGUUAUGCCUUGAGUCCAGAUGAUGGCACAAACUUCCGAGUGAAGGUGAUGGCAGAAGCCAAUCAUUUCAUAGAUCUUUCACAGAUUCCAUGCAAUGGGAAAGCAGCUGAUCGCAUCCAUCAGGAUGGAAUUCACAUCCUUGUAAAUAUGAAUGGUUAUACCAAGGGUGCACGAAAUGAACUUUUUGCUCUUAGGCCAGCUCCUAUUCAGGCAAUGUGGCUGGGAUACCCUGGAACUAGUGGUGCACUUUUCAUGGAUUAUAUCAUAACUGAUCAGGAAACUUCACCAGCUGAAGUUGCUGAGCAGUAUUCUGAAAAAUUGGCUUAUAUGCCUCAUACUUUCUUUAUUGGUGAUCAUGCUAACAUGUUUCCUCACCUGAAGAAAAAAGCAGUCAUUGAUUUUAAGUCCAAUGGACAUAUUUAUGACAAUCGGAUUGUCCUGAAUGGCAUCGAUCUCAAAGCAUUCCUUGACAGUCUACCAGAUGUGAAAAUCGUCAAGAUGAAAUGUCCAGAUGGAGGAGACAAUGCAGACAGCAGUAGUACAGCUCUUAAUAUGCCUGUCAUCCCUAUGAAUACUAUUGCAGAAGCAGUUAUUGAAAUGAUUAAUAGAGGACAAAUCCAAAUUACAAUAAAUGGAUUCAGCAUUAGCAAUGGGCUGGCAACUACCCAGAUCAACAAUAAGGCUGCAACUGGAGAGGAGGUUCCCCGUACCAUUAUUGUGACCACCCGUUCUCAGUAUGGGUUACCAGAGGAUGCAAUUGUGUAUUGUAACUUUAAUCAGUUAUAUAAAAUUGAUCCUUCUACUCUACAGAUGUGGGCAAAUAUUCUGAAGCGGGUUCCCAACAGUGUGCUCUGGUUGUUGCGUUUUCCUGCAGUAGGGGAACCUAAUAUUCAGCAGUAUGCACAAAGCAUGGGUCUGCCCCAGAACCGUAUCAUUUUUUCCCCUGUUGCUCCUAAAGAGGAACAUGUAAGGAGAGGCCAGCUGGCUGAUGUUUGCCUGGACACCCCACUUUGUAAUGGACAUACCACUGGGAUGGAUGUCCUCUGGGCAGGGACACCUAUGGUAACUAUGCCAGGAGAGACUCUUGCUUCUCGAGUUGCAGCGUCUCAGCUCACUUGUUUAGGUUGUCUUGAGCUUAUUGCUAAAAGUCGACAAGAAUAUGAAGACAUAGCUGUGAAGCUGGGAACUGAUCUAGAAUACCUGAAGAAAAUUCGUGGCAAAGUCUGGAAGCAGAGAAUAUCCAGCCCUCUAUUCAACACCAAACAAUAUACAAUGGAACUAGAGAGGCUCUAUCUACAGAUGUGGGAGCAUUAUGCAGCUGGCAACAAACCUGAUCACAUGAUUAAACCAGUUGAAGUCACAGAGUCGGCCUAAAUAAAGACUGUAUAUACAGGAUUAACACCCCUAUACCUGAGCCUCAACCUUCUGGGGGAAAGGGAACCAGAUUAUGAACUUUUCACUCCUCUGUACAGUAUCAUGUUGCAGAUGGGUGACACUUGAUGAAUAUAGAAUAGCACAGCCAGACUUGCAUCCUGCAUGUAGGGAGAGACACGAGAUGGAAACUGCUGUUCCAUAAGGAAUCUCCGUAGAAUUUGGCGGUAACCAGGUGGUGCAUAGGUCUGGAAGUUCUGAUCUCCUUUGGUCUUCCAUGGGGUGGUUAGUGUGGAGGGGAGAUAAAGAUUGUCCAGCCAUCUUGUGAUUCUAUGGAUUGAGUAUUCUGGAUUAAUUUCUUUAUAUUUUGGGUUAUUGAAGCUUUUAAAAAUGUUUGGUUUCAGGUGUUUUUAUUCAUGUGAAGUGAUUUUCUUGAGAUAGGGUUUUAAGCUAAAGAUUGCUCCUUGUUUUAAGUUUCUGAACUUUACAGAUUAUUGGAGACUUUGCUGGUGUAGUCUUUUUAUCGGUUUUAUAAACCACAUGAGUCUAUAUCAGUUGUGUUAGUGUCUGACCUAAUUUUUGAAGCUUAUGAAUGCAUUGUUGGUUGGUGAUGAUGACUUAAAAUUUUUGUCUGGUCUGUUUGACAUUUCCUUCUCUUCCUCUCUCCUGAAUUUAAGCUUUCUCCUGUGAUUCACCUAACAAAACCCAAUCAGAUUCAAACGUUCCGGAGUAUUUUUGUUGUUGUUAUUAAUACAUUAUCUGGUGCCAAAUGAAAAUUCUUAGGAGUGAUUAUUUAAGGGCACAGAUGUGGUACUGUCAUUAAUGAUGGUGUAGAUUUUUGCCUAGUUUUGACCUAUUUCAUCAGUGUUCUAUUACCUUUAACUGUCCCUUCCUUUAUGCUGCUUCCAAAAGUGAUAGUUGUGUGAUAAGAUUUUUACCUUCCUUUCUAGUUUGAUUUUUUUUGAGUCCUGUUCUUCCUAUUUCUUUCAGCAGAAAUGAAAUCCCAGGUAAGUAUAAGAAUUCAAAUAUUUCAGUAAGUUAGUUAUUUCUAAUACAUUAAAUAAUUUCCAUCAAAAUAUUUAUAGGUAAAGUCUGAAAGAUCAGUUUCUAGGGUGUUAUAUAAUAAUUGUCUUCGGAACUUGGUCUUGAGGUGUGUAUGGAUUCAGCCUCGGUAGUGAACUGUUCUGCUAUAUGGUUUGGACUUUAGCCCUGCUGGAGCUUGAGUUCUUGGUUUUAAAAAAUAUAGGAAUGAAAUUAUUGAACUUCAACAAAGGAUUGAGGGCUUGAGAUUUAACAAGCCAACAUAUGACUAUAUGUUUUGUCUUUGCUGUACUGCACGUAUGCUAUCCAGUAACAGAUAAUUUUUGUCUGCUAGUAGUUUUCUAGAUUAUGUCUUUCCAAAGUGCUGAGGCAGUGCACCUAUUCUGUAGUUGCAGCUGAUGCCUGAAUGUAUCCUAGCUGACAAAUUAUUGAUUAAUAAGAACUUGAAUUUCUGAUUUUUACUGUUAACCAAAAUCUGAGCAAAGAGUCUCAAAUGUAAUUCUUAGCCAGAAUUACGUGUUAAUGAACUGUGUACCUUUUAACAAUUGUAAAUCAAGAAACAUCGGUUUAGAGAUUUCUUAAUUUAUUUAAAGUUUUAAAAAAUACCUGGUUGAGGUAUCAGGUAAAGGUUGUUGGAAUGGAAUGGUGUGAAUAAACUGAUGUUUGAAAUUCACUGAAUUACUUGACGUGGAAUAGGAGAAUAUACUUCUGAUGCCCUUGGGGCUGUGUGACCUUACAGACAUUUUUACAUAGCAUAUCAUUCCUUCUACAGGGAUGAACUUUUUCCUGGCACAAAAAAGUUAAGCCGCUCUGUUUGAAGCUUUGCUUAUUGUAACAGGCUUUUGUUUCCAGGUAACAUUGUCUGUAUGGAAGACUAAAUUCUGAAUAGAAAUCAUUACUGGAAACUAAUAAUUGUUCUUUUUUCUAUUAUAUUCUGCUUUAUCAAAAGAGUAAAAUGUUUAAAUUGUGGUACAGAAAUCCAGAUGUGUCUUGCGCUCUUUAAACAAUAAAUGAAUGAUUUGCCCUUA